UGUAAAAGUGAGAAAUUUCAAAUAAAUGGGCCCUAGGACUACUGAUAGUACUGUGGGGAAAGGCGAGCGUGGGACAUCCGGCGACAGCUACCCUGAAGUAGCUCUCUAGCUGCUAGCACAUGUAUCGAGGUCCGAAAGUGUGGACACGCGAGAAACAUGGUCCCUUGACCGUAGUGAUGCCGACUUGUCCAAUUGCCAUUGUGUUCAAAUUCACUUACUUCGAAGUGGAAUGAAUAUCGAUGUUCGAGACUGUGACAGGCUACAUGGCAGUAUUACAUUAGUAAUGGGUCAAGCAAUUCCAGGGUGAAGCAAGUGCUGAUCUGUCAUGGCCCUGCCCGAGCAAUCGAACGCAUUUGAAGAUUUUGAGCACGUGACUGCACCUAGUUGUAAGAGUGAAGAGCGAGUCAAGCUCGUAGUCUUGGGUGCUCCAGGCUCUGGGAAGAGCUCUUUCUGCCAGCGCUUUGCCAAUGACAACUUCCACGUGCCCAAAGCAGCUCAGCUUGGACUGGGCAUGGUCAAGAAGGACAUCGUGAAAGAUGGCAGUCUCUUGUCCGUCGAGCUAUGGGACUGCACUACCGGUCGCAAUGGCAUGCCGGCAUCACUGUGGGCAACAUUACUGCAUGAGUGCCAG